AUGCCUACACGAACUCGGAGAGCAGGGACAGGGAAGCAGCAACGCUCCGGAGUUGUACCAGACAAAGAAGUUCACGGGGCAGCGGCAGCAGGAGGUAUCUUGGCGUCAUUUAAUGUGAAUAUACCAGUUGUCAAGAAUCGUCUACAAGAAAAAGAAAAUGACAAAGUGCCAUCUUCUGUGAUGAUUUCUAGUGCGCAGCGAGCGCUCUCUCAUUCUGCAAGUGAGAAACUAGAUGGACAUAACAAAAAGAAAAUCGCCCGCUCUUUUGAACAGGAUGUCGAUGACGACUUCAGCGCCAUCAGCUGUGAUGUUUCUCCGCGAAGACUAGACAUAUCAAGAAUCCAAGACGCUGUCUCCAGUUUUUCUGGUGAUUUGACUAUGAGUAACGACUCUAUAUCACAGGAUUUGACGCUUUCUCUGCAGCCGUCGGAGGACGAAACAACCGAAGACCCCUCGUCUUCCCCGCGCAGUUAUGUAGCAGACCUUGAUACAGUUGACAGUGAUCAAGAGUCUAGUUUCACUGUAAGCGAGGCAAAUUCGGAAUCCCAGUGUGAAACCUCGGAGAGUUUAGUGGAGGAAUCAUAUGAUCCAGGACUCGAAGACGACGAGUACAAUCCCAACGAGGAAAUCGAAAGCGAAUCAGACGAAGAUCUGGAAUUCAUGGAGGGCGAAAUCGGCGAUUCCCCAGAGUUCACACCGACGCAAACGAGAGUACAACAUGGUGAAAUAGGUUUAGGAUCUGUCGCCGGGGAUACAGGCAAGGAAGUUUCAUCACGAACGACAGAAUCUGACGAUGAUAGCACUGUCGUUGAACGUACACCAAAGCCGAAAUCGAGAAGUCUCCCUCUUUCGAUGAUUUCGCCGGAGAUUCAAUUGGCAGAGAUUGUCGACGACGACGAAAUAACGGACAAUGACAUCCUUGUGGCUACCAUCAUCGACGGAGACCAAGCACUAUCUUCAGAAAAACACCCAAGAAACAUUGGAAUCCUCAGAUUGCAAAAACAGAAUGAUGGCAUCCCUUUUAACCAAACUGCCAGUGAUGACUUUCAAAAUGAUGGCCACGAGGCACAAAAGUCCUUACUGGUCAAGAAGGACAAUACAAUGGAUAACCAAGGGAGGAAUGAAAAUGUCACAGACUCGCUUGAAUAUUACGAAGCAUGGGAUGCAAAUGAAUCAAUACCAUCCAACAAGCCUCUACCCUACCAUACACCAAUCCAAAAGAAACCGAAGAGCAGCAAGAAGACCUUCUGGCUAGAAGGCAGGGUGAAACGAGGUAAAUGGACUCUUGGUGCCAAGAUUGGAGUUGGCUCCUUUGGUGUAGUUCACGUUGGCAUGAACACACUCACUGGAUCCUUGAUGGCAGUGAAGAUAUUCAAGGUCGAUGGUGAAGCUGUAAUGAAGGAUGUCCGCCGGGAGGUUGAGUUGAUGAGAUUGCUAAAACAUCAGAACAUUGUUCAGUAUCUUGGAGCUCAAAUGGACAAAACGCAUUUGCAUAUCUUUCAAGAAUGGGUUCCGGGCGGCAGUGUUGCGUCUAUGCUUAGUCGCUUUGGUGCGUUUCCGCUGCAAGUCAUCCAACGAUACCUCUCACAAACGCUUUUAGGCCUCCACUACUUGCAUGAGAACAACAUCAUACACCGAGACAUCAAAGGUUCCAAUAUUCUGGUCAAUGAUGGGGGGGUAGUAAAGCUCGCAGACUUUGGUGCAAGCAAGAAACUGUCAAAUUUGCGAGGGGAUAUGAUGAUGAGUCUAACCGUUCGUGGAACUCCAUAUUUCAUGGCGCCAGAGGUUUUUGAAGAAAGAUAUAGUUCGAAAGCUGAUAUUUGGGGGAUUGGAUGUGUUGCCUUCCAAAUGAUUACCGCAAGUCCACCAUGGAAAGAUCAAGGGUUUACAAAUCCUAUUUCACUAUUCAACCAUAUCAAACGAACCUCUGGCCCACCACCGUUACCACACUCAACUGCAGCAAACUUUCCGAAAGAAGAUCUGAAUCUGAUGAAUGCAUUUGACAUGCUCAUGACGACAUGCUUUGAAACAGAACCGUCCACGAGACCCUCAGCACAGGAGUUGUUAGGUCACAAUUUCUUUGAUGAAAUCGCUUCUGACAUGGGAGAUGAUGAUUCUCUACAUCAAAGACUUUUCUCCCCAGAAAGUCAAAUUCAAUCGCCAUGGAGUAUAAAAUGCAAACAGGCAGGUGAUUUUGUCAUUCCUUUCUAUCCACAAUGCAAAUCUGAGCUAUACAGCGAUCCAAACCAUCUUGUUGGUGGUUCAGAAAUUUGUUCUCCUCAACGCGACACUUCUGAUUGGCCAGAAUGGGCAAAGGAUCAACUUGGAAAGAAGGAACAGACCACCCCUUCAAAGGAGAAUGGGCUUUCAAACAUGAUGGGAAGCCUUGCAUUGAGCGAAGAUAGCAUACAGCAAAAUCCGUUUGCAAGAAAUUUAGUGCUUGCAGGAGGAAGCACUGUGUUUUCCAACUUGUUGGGCCUUCAAUUGAUUGAUAGGAAGGACGCUGAAGACUAG